GGCAGAACGAAAUUUUUGAGAGCAAAAAAAUUGAUCCGAACAGAUUAAAGGCUAUUCCAAAAGCCUAUUGGGAAGAACUUAUUAACAAUAUCAAGGAAAAAUACUGGUCAGAUGAUAAUAAUUAUAA